CUUGGAACGAUAAAUCGUUGUGGCACCACCACCACCUUUGACAUUGCUCGCAUCAACGUUUCAAGCAACCUUGCCCGCCUGCCGCGAAACAUCACCAGGCUACUUAGUAGGCAGCUGACAACUGCCACUCUUCUUGACGGGCGAUAGAGAGCCGAAUACUCCCUCCCCGCAGACAGCACUACGUACUUCAGUACCCGAUUUGGCGGCGAGGCAGCCUCGGUCCGUGACGUGCACGAGAUGCCGUGAGGUGCCUUGCCUUUCCUAACCGUACACCGUCUGCUUUGUGGCUACGCCCUUCACCACACGGUCGGCGGCAGCCUCAAUUCAACAUCCAUCGACCUCGGUAACACACGACUUCCUGUCGGGGCCACAACCUGUCGGCGCGUCGGGGCCUGCUCGCGACACUAGGGCGUGAGUGGUCAACGUGUAGAUGCCGAGGUAGACCGUGUUCACCCGCCAGAGGCACCAGAGGGCGGCCGCACCACGCACUCUCACCAGCGCAAUGUCUUGCGCCGCGUUGUCGCCUGCCAAGGCGCUGCUGCUUGCCGUCCACCUGGCAGCCCACGCCGACAUCGACGCGCUGCGCCUCCUCGCGAGCCGCUACCCAGCAGUCCUGCGGAAGCGCCUGCUGCUGCGCAUUCUACUUACCGCCCUGCCCGAGGCGGUAGACCCUGCGUCUUAUGUUGGACUUUUGCAAGAGAUCGAGGCCGAACGCUUCCAGGACUCCUCCGUGGACGAGCUCGACUGCUCCCCUGUCAGCGCCAUCUCGGAGCACGAGGCCGCACAGAGGGCCAAAAGACUUCACCUUGCUCCGCUGUCCCACGCCGAUGCCCCCGUCCAAGGCGGCGAUGGCGAUGAUGACCUCGCCUGCUUCCUCUUCCGCAGGGCGCUCCGGAUGGACUCCGAGACUGGCAUGCUCUCCCGAAUUCCCGAUCUGCUCAUGCCCUUCAUCCACCACAGUCCGGCCCUCCGUGUCUGGGUUGUCUCCACCGUCCUACCCUUUGUUCGAAGGAAUUCCGAGUACUAUACAGAAGCACACGUGAAAUAUUCACUCUAUGACUUCCAAAGGCUUCCCGGACCCGACGCUGUCCGGCAUUUGCUGUCGCAAACCGGGCAUGGCUCCCCAGAAAGUCCGAGUCACGCUGCCCGUGACUUAAGGGCCCUUGUGAUGCCAUGGUUGCUGGACCAGUCCCGCUGGACUGGCGCUGACGGCGCAUCCCAAAAUUCCAACGACGACCACGCAAUGUCCGGCCCCACAUGCUCGGGAUGGCAACAGGUUCUGAUCUGGUUGACCACGCAGGCAGUUGACUCGUGGCGGAUAUUCAUCGAUGUGGUUGAGCACUGGGAUGGGCCUGCCGACGUUGAAUUUGGGCAUGAUGUCGACGGCGUGUCGCUCUGGAUCCCGCACCAGCAAUAUCUCUCGCACACCUACGCCAGAGCUGUGCUCGCGGCGUUGUUUCUGAUGCAGGAUGCGUCUAAGGAGUGCUUAGCCGGCCUCUACAGGGCCGUCCUCAAGGUUCGAUCCAUCCAAGGUCUGGGCCACGAAGAUGUGCCUCUGGAAGAUGCACUCACUCUUUUCCUUGACGGCCUUGACGCUGAGUCCGUAGCCCUUUUGGACGCUAAAUCUGCGCCUCACACCCGAACCGGCCUGCUCCAAGGAGGAAAUCCCUUGACAUCACCCACGGCCUCCUCCACUAGUCUCGUACUGAUGCUGGCUCUAAGCGCGCUCAUAUCCACCGAAAUCGGGGUUCCCUGUUCUGUGAGAGGGGCAGCCGACUUGGUCUUCCUCAGAGACGCGCAUGAGCAGAAGGCUCAGGCCACAAAACUGCUUCGGGCAAUGUCAAGCAAUGCACCUGGUGGCGAGGACGACCAGUAUUGGAUUCGUGCAAGACUCCAGAUUCUAUGGCUGAGGAACUGGUCUAAGUCGCCGACCAGCGAUGCCGGCACGCCAACUGGACCCAUUGCAACCGUUCCCAAAUCCUUCGUGGAGAGUGAGGCUCUCAAGAUCUUCCUUUCCAAAUCAUGUUACAGCCUUGCGCGAAUCUUGUACGAAGACGGCUCAGAACCACCAUUGCCCACAGAUAUGGUUCAAGACGCCGUGUACCAGGCGGCCUUGAACGCCUUCGAUAAUGCCUCCAAUCCUAAUCGAACCCGGGGCGGGCUCAAGAGAUGCAACGACAUUAUUCGUGCGUUUCCCAAAACCAUGGGUCCAGACCUCCCAGGCGCAAUGCGCCUUCAGGCCUUGUUGAGGGCAACACAUGCUUUGAGCGAUUAUCGUCUUGUUCUCAAACAGGGCGAGCCAUUCAGCCCAGUCGUCCUGCGAGUCCACUCAGACCCCAUUUCUGUGAUUGGGAGGGUUCUAGAGCAAAACGACAAGGCCUAUACCCGCGUCCAGGAGUUUCUUGAGAUGGGAUUUGAUAUGAUACGGGCGGGGUUACCAUCCCAGGGCGGGUCAGACAACCCUCGAAAGCCGACAAACGAGCAUCUCGGCACGGACAUGUUCGUGGCCGAAAAGCGUAUCAUUGCAAUGUGCGUCGAGGCGGCCUUGCGCGAAGACGACUUUGAGACUGCCUACUCAUAUGUGGUCAGUCGGCUCGGAGCACCAGAUCCCGAUGAUAAUUCCGUCUCCUACGACGGUUGGUCGUGGCAAGCGGCUCUCAAGGCCGGGCAGUAUGUCCGCACGGAGCGGUCGCAGCAGCCAACCCAUCUAGGCACCGCCAGCGGCAAUCUCGAGAUCCGACAUCUGGAACAGCGGAUAGAGUGUUUGGCAACAGCUCUGCGAGUUGCCCCAACAAGCGAGCUCCAGGAGGUGCUUAAGAGCUUCAGGCGGUGCGAAGAGCAGCUUGACUCCGCCAUCAAGGAAGAGGCGGCCAGUGAAGCGGCCUGGCAUGCGGCGACCGAUGCGGCACAUCUCCCGGGCGCUUUCGAUACCUCAAAGACAGAAAGUCUGCAUCCACCUCGCAACCUCACUGCCACCGCGGCCGUGCGACAGGUAGAAGAAGCCCCUAUGUCUCUCUUUGAUCUAUCGCGCGCCACGGCUAGGGUUGCCCAGCGCACCUUUACCGGGCUCCCAAACCUGCAAGGCAUGACCGUCGGUCGCAUGUCGGAGGCAGUCGACUCUGACCAGCCUCGCGUUCGCAAACGGGAUCAGCUAAGGGAUGUAGCGACCGGGACGCUCGUGUCGGGCGUGGGAUGGUUGAUUGGAGCCAAUGUACAUCAAGCCGCGAAGGAGAGUGGUUAAUGUUGUUGACCAGGGACAUGUGUGCCACAGAACAAUAGACUUCACUUCAACGAGGACCAAUGUCACUUCGCGGGCGGGACUAAACAUAGGUUUCUGCUAUCAAAUCAUGACAAGGGGUUUUUAACACAGCUAAUAUGAAAUCUACCAUGUUCGAUGCCAUGAUGUUGGGCUUGGGUUGUAACCACGACAAGGCUGGGGCGGGC